AUGGGCCGCGUCACCGUUUGGUCCGCCGCGUUCCUCGCCACGGGCGGCUUCCUCUUCGGCUUCGACUCGGGCAUCAUCACGUCGACCAUCGCCCUCGCGACCUUCAAGUCGUACUUCGGCGACCCCUCGGACGCCGUCGCCGCCGCCAUCGUCUCCUCCUUCCAGGGCGGCGCCAUCCUCGGCACCGUCGUCAACAUGCUCUGCUCCGACCGCCUCGGCCGCCGCAGCACCGUCUUCCUCGGCGCCCUCCUCUCCAUCGCCGGCUCCGCCCUGCAGGCCGCUGCCGGGAACCUCGCCGCCCUCAUCGCCGGCCGCUUCAUCGGCGGCGCCGCCGUCGGCAUCCUGACCUCCACCAUCCCCAUGUACGCCUCCGAGCUGGCCGAGGCCCGCCAGAGGGGGAAGUUGUCCGGCCUGCUGCAGUGGAUGCUGAGCUGGGGGUUCUUGGUCGCCCAGUGGCUGGGCUACGGCUGUUCCUUUGUCGAGAGUGACUUUUCAUGGAGGUUCCCCCUCGCCUUUCAGUGCAUCCCCGGUAUCAUCAUCGCGACGGGCAUCUACUUCCUCGAGGAGUCCCCCCGCUGGCUCGUCGAAAAGGGCCGACACGCCGAGGCCCGCCGCAGCCUCGACCGGCUCCGCGCCGGCGUCGACGAGAAGCUCGUCGACGUUGAGUACGCCGAAAUCCGCCACGCCGUGCGCGCCCAGUCGGCCCUGCGCGAGACCGGCCGCCUCUGGAAGGCCAUUUUGACGAAGCCCUCGUGGCGGCGGCGCCUGCUGCUCGGCUGCGGCGUCCAGGCCUUCUCGCCCCUGUCUGGCAUCAACGUCAUCAACUACUUCGGCCCGCGCAUCUACGACCUCCUCGGCAUCGGCACCCAGACCUCGCUGAUGCUCAUCGGCGUUAACGGCGCCCUAGGAAUCAUCUACAAUACCGUUGGCCUCUGGAUGCUCGACCGCGUCGGCCGCGUGAGGCCGCUCAUCGCCUCCGCCCUCGGCCUUGCCGCCGCCCUGCUAGUCAACGCCGUCCAGUUCCAGUUCCUCGACCGCUCCAACGCCGAUCAGCUGCGCAGCAUGGUCGCCAUGAACUUCGUCUUUGGCUUCUUCUUCACGCCCCUCGGCAUCAUCAGCUGGGUCUACCCGGCCGAGAUCUUCCCCCUCGAGAUCCGCGCCCUCGGCAACGCGCUGACGACCUUCACCAACUGGUCCAUCAACCUGCUCCUCGUCUCCUUCUCGCCCCAGGCCCUCACAGCGAUCGGCUUCAGGUUCUUCUAUGUCUUCUUCGUCUUCAACGUCAUCGCCGCGCUCUGUUACUACUUGUUCUACCCUGAAACGUCAGGGCGCACGCUGGAGCAGAUGGACGAGCUGUUUGGCGACGUUGUGCCCAUGUCCGAGCAAAGCGCUCUCGGGACAGUCAUUACCGGCUCUGACAGCGAAAGGGGGAAAGGACUAGGUAUAUACGGCUCGUUCUCGGUUCACGAGCGCGUCUCGCCGACCGCGGUGUAG